AGCAUUUAAUAUACGCAAUCGGGUAUUAUUAAGUUUGUUAGGGGUGUGAAGUAAAAUAUUUAGUUUUGUACUGUUUCAAAGUCUGUAUUAAAUCCACACAAUUUAAUAAAUCUUCUAAAUUUUACAUUGUAUUCGACUUGGGUUGCGGGUUGAUGUCCAGAUUAAUGAUAAAGAAGCAUAGUCACAAUUCAUUAUUUUAACGGAUUCACCCGUUUAUGGAUUUGGUAGAGACCUUCCCCCACCCCCCCUGCGCGAGUAAUGCGGAACUCAGAUGCUUGGUUGAAGUGGAACGUGCAAUCGACAGGGAGAAAGGCCGUGAUCAGUCCGGAAUAAUAUAUUAAGAGACCCAUGAUCAAAACAACACUGCUUCAUUUCUGAAAGGCAUGUUUUUGUUUGUUUGUUUAUUUGUUUUUACCACAGGGGAUCAUUCUGUGCAGCAAUGGAUGUUUACAAUUUGACAGCCCAACACCCCACCCUCGCACUUUCAUCGGGAACCCAGAAUGCACUGCACAAUCCUCUUUCGAGCCACGCCGCAUAGUUAAGACUGCACUUCAGGGAUUGGACGACUGCUGGCCAAUGAGCUGUGGUUUUGCCGAAACUGUGAUGACCUAGUGGAUGCUGUCUGAAAAUGCUGAAAAGGAAAGAGUGCCCUCGAUUAUUGGACUACCUGAUCGUAGUUGGAGCCAGGCAGCCAAGCAGCGACAGCGUUGUCCAGACCCCGGAGCUUCUGCGCCGCUACCCCCUUGAGGACCACCAUGAAUUCCCGCUGCCCCCUGACGUGGUCUUUUUCUGCCAGCCGGAGGGAUGCCUGAGCGUGCGGCAGAAACGCAUGAGCCUGCGGGACGACACCUCCUUCGUCUUCACCCUCACCGAUAAGGACUCGGGCGUGGUGCGCUACGGCAUCUGUGUCAACUUCUACCGCUCCUUCCAGAAGCGCCUCGGCAAGUCUGAGAAGCCGGAAGGCCACCGGAGCCGGGAGAAGGCCAAAGCCACCGCCGGCGUCGUCGCUCCUGCUGCCUCCAGCGAGGAGACCGGCAACGAGAGCUCAGAGAGUGGCUCCUCGCUCCAUCCAGCCAGCGCAGACUCCACCCCGGACGUUAACAAGUCACCGCGGGGCAAACGCUGUGCCAAACUCGCCCAGAGGAACCGGAACAGCACCCUGACCUCCCUGUGCAUUCUGAGCCAGUACCCCUUCUUCUCAACCUUCCGGGAAUGUCUCAACAUCCUGAAGAGGAUGGUCGACUCCUGCAGCGAGAGACUGACCAAGAAAGCGGGCAUCCCGAAAGGAGUACAAAGGGACACGAUGUGGCGCGUGUUCACGGGCGCGCUGUCUGUGGAGGAGAAGAGCAGCGUGCUGCUGCAGGACCUGCGGGAGAUCGAGUCCUGGGUGUAUCGGCUGCUGCGCUCGCCGGUGCCCCUCUCCGGGCAGAAGCGUGUCGACGUGGAGGUGCUGCCCCCCGAGCUGCAGCCAGCCCUGACCUUUGCCCUCCCUGAUCCCUCCCGCUUCUCACUGGUCGACUUCCCCCUGCACCUGCCCCUCGAGUUGCUCGGCGUCGACGCCUGCCUGCAGGUCCUGUGCUGCAUCCUCCUGGAGCACAAGGUGGUGCUUCAGUCUCGAGACUACAACGCCCUGUCUAUGAGCGUCAUGGCCUUCGUCACAAUGAUCUACCCACUGGAGUACAUGUUCCCUGUGAUCCCUCUGCUUCCCACCUGCAUGGCCUCUGCAGAACAGCUUCUCUUAGCUCCCACUCCCUAUAUCAUCGGAGUCCCAUCCAGUUUCUUCCUGUACAAAUCCGAUUUCAGGAUGCCAGAUGAUGUGUGGCUGGUGGACCUUGACACUAAUAAGGUGACCGUUCCCAAUAACGCAGAAUUCCUGCCAGUGUUCCCUGAGCCAGAAGCCUCCGAACUGAAGAAACACUUGAAACAGUGUCUGGUUAGCAUGACCGCUCUCAUGCAAAGGCAGCUCUUCGCUUCCGAGAACAAGGCUUUGGCCAGCAUGAGUCUCAACACCCAGCCCAUCCUGAACCUGGAGAAGUUCCACGAGGGGCAGGACCUGCCACUUCUCACCGCCCGAGCCCGAGACGAUGGGGCCUCCACCCCCUCCAACGACUUCAACCCCCUGAUCUACGGCAAUGACGUGGACUCCGUCGACGUGGCCACGAGGGUUGCCAUGGUGAGGUUCUUCAACUCCCCCAACGUGCUCCAUGGGUUCCAGAUGCACACUCGCACCCUCCGCCUCUUCCCCCGGCCAGUCGUGGCUUUCCAGGCCAACUCCUUCCUGGCCUCCAGACCCAAGCAGUCAGCCUUCGCAGAGAAGCUGUCCCACACCCAGGCAGUGGAGUACUUCGGGGAGUGGUCCCUCAACCCCACCAACUAUGCAUUCCAGAGGAUCCAUAACAAUGUGUACGACCCAUCCCUGAUUGGGGACAAGCCCAAAUGGUACGCGCACCAGCUCCAUCCCAUAUACUACCGUGUGUACGAUGGGAACUCCCAGCUCGCAGAGGCCAUGAACACACCCCUGGAGAGGGAGGCUGACAACGACUCGGACCCCACUGAUGACAGUGGGAGUGACAGUGUCGACUAUGAUGACUCAAGCUCUUCUUACUCCUCGCUUGGGGACUUUGUCAGUGAAUUGAUGAAGUGUGACAUCAAAGGGGACACCCCCAAUGUGGACUCCCUGACCCACGCCGCCCUGGGAGACGCCAGCGAGGUGGAGUUUCAGGAUUUCCAGGAGUAUCGGGGUGACCCUGAGGAGCAGGCUCCGGACAGCGAGAACUCCCCUGAGAACAACAUCCAACCCCGCUCCAGCUCCAGCACCACGGCCAGCUCCAGCCCCAGCACAAGCACAGUCAUCCAGGGGGUCAACCACGAAUCUUCCGACUCUGUAGACGUGGAGGACAAGUCCGGGCCCGGGUUCCAGAACCACCUCCCAGUCAUGGGGAUGCAGCAGCAGUUCCCCAAGCUGAGCCUGGAGCGCCGUGAGGGCGAGGGGGCGCCCCCUGCUGACGGGCUGCUGAAGAAGCGCGAGUACGACAACCCCUACUUCGAACCGCAGUACGGCUUCCCCACAGAGGAGGAGGAUGAGGACACAGCCGGGGAGCAGGAGGAGAGCUACACACCCAGGUUCAACCAGAACAUCAACGGAAACAAAUCCCAGAAGCCCCUGCGUCCCAACAGCCUGAAGUUGCCGAACGACUCUGACGCCGAGUCCGACUCCCGAGCCAGCUCUCCCAACUCCACCAUCUCCAACACCAGCAACGAGGGCUUCGGAGGAAUCAUGUCCUUCGCCAGUAACUUGUACAAGAACCACAGUACCAGCUUCAGCCUCUCCAACUUGGCGUUGCCCACAAAGGCAGCGAGGGAUAAAACCACCCCUUUCCCCAGCCUCAAAGAUUACUUUACUGUUGAAGUAGAAAAGGAUGUGGAUGAAGCUGAGGCGGAGAGUACUGUAUUUGGGUUAAAUACUAUAAUGGAGAUAAUAACUGAAGCUGGCACAGUGAGCAGUGAAGGGAACAGAAGAGCGCUGGUGGACCAGAAAUCGUCAGUCAUAAAACACAGUCCGACCAUCAAGAAGGAGUCUCCCUCUCCACAGGGCAGAGCAAACAAUACCAGUGAGAACCAGCAGUUCCUGAAGGAGGUGGUCCAGAACGUUCUGGACGGGCAGGGCGUGGGCUGGCUCAGCAUGAAGAAAGUGCGCCGCCUGCUGGAGAACGAGCAGCUGCGCGUCUUCGUGCUGAGCAAGCUGAACCGGGCCAUCCAAUCAGAGGAGGACGCUCGGCAGGAGGUCAUUCAUGAUGUGGAGAUCAAUCGGAAAGUGUACAAGGGGAUGUUGGACCUGCUGAAGUGUGCGGUGUCCAGCCUGGAGCACUCAUACACCAACGCAGGGCUCGGGGGCAUGGCCAGCGUCUUCAGCCUGCUGGAGAUCGCCCGCACUCACUACUACACUAAAGAAAUUGACAAACGCAAGCGGAGCCCCACAGAUGGAGGAGGGAUGAGCCCGGGCAGUAAGGACAGUUUAACGCCCAAAGGGGAGACAGUUAAGCCCCUCAGCACCUUGCUGGUACCCAAGCUCAAGCUCCAGCCUCCUGUCUUUUCCUGUAGGGGGAAAGGGGCCAAAGAGUUUGACACGAGGAGUCUCAACGAGGAAAACUUUGUAGCAUCUAUUGAAUUGUGGAACAAGCACCAGGAUAUCAGAAAGCAAAAAGCUAUGGAAAAACAGAGAACUGAAGGAGUGAAACAGUUGUUUGACCUGGGGGAUACAGAUGAGAAGAAGUCUCAGAUCAGCGCGGACAGUGGGCUGAGCAUCACUUCAGGGUCUCAGAAGAGUGACACAGAGUCCAUUGCCAGCUCCGAGCCGCCAGUACUGACACGGAGCACCAGUCAGGAUUCGGAGGCCAGCACAGUGAGCAACAGCUCAGGGGAGACCAUGGGGGCCGACAGCGACAUGAGCAGCAACACAGGGGACGGACCCUCAGGGAAAACCACGCCUCACUUAACUCUGUCCAGAGGAACUCUAUCAGACAGCGAGAUAGAGACCAACUCCGCCACAAGCUCCAUAUUCGGUAAAACCCACAUCCUGAAGCCGGGGUUGAAGGGCAGCAGGGGGAGUCUUCCUGGGAGGGCGUCUGUCUCGGUGCCCCAGGAGGACAUCAGCAUGAGGGUGUACUUGUGUGAGGGGCUGCUGGGGAGGGACAAGAGCUCAGUCUGGGAUCAGCUGGAGGAUGCUGCAAUGGAAACGUUCUCUCUGAGUAAGGAGCGCUCCACACUGUGGGAUCAGGUGCAGUUCUGGGAAGAUGCUUACCUGGACGCGGUGAUGCUGGAGAGGGAGGGGAUGGGCAUGGACCAGGGACCUCAGGAAAUGAUUGACAGAUAUCUGUCGUUGGGAAACCACGAUCGUAAGCGUUUGGAGGAUGACGAAGACAAAUUGUUAGCGACCCUCUUGCACAACAUGAUUGCCUACAUGCUUAUGAUGAAGGUGAAUAAGAAUGACAUCAGAAAGAAGGUCCGACGGCUGAUGGGAAAAUCCCAUAUUGGCCUUUCUUACAGUCAGGAGGUCAACGAAGCCCUGGAUCGCUUAGCAGAGCUGAACGGUCGGGAGCUCCUAAUCAGACCGAGCAGCAGCCGGCACAUUAAGAAGCAAACCUUUGUGGUGCAUGCUGGGACGGAUACCACAGGAGACAUAUUCUUUAUGGAGGUUUGUGACGACUGCAUCGUGCUGAGGAGCAACAUCGGCACGGUGUACGAGCGCUGGUGGUACGAGAAGCUCAUCAACAUGACUUACUGUCCCAAAACCAAAGUGCUGUGUCUGUGGAGGAGGAAUGGGCAGGAGACGCAGCUCAACAAGUUCUAUACAAAGAAGUGUCGGGAGCUGUAUUACUGUGUGAAGGACAGCAUGGAGCGUGCAGCUGCAAGGCAGCAGAGCAUUAAACCAGGGCCGGAGCUGGGCGGAGAAUUCCCUGUGCAGGACAUGAAGACGGGAGAGGGGGGGCUGCUGCAGGUCACUCUGGAGGGCAUCAACCUCAAGUUCAUGCACAGUCAGGUUUUCAUAGAGCUGAAGCACAUUAAAAAGUGCAAUACUGUCAAAGGAGUCUUUGUCCUGGAGGAAUUUGUUCCUGAAACUAAAGAAGUGGUGAUCCACAAGUACAAGACUCCGAUGGCCCACCAGAUCUGCUACUCUGUGCUGUGUCUCUUCUCCUACAUGGCUGCAGUGAGAGGGAAGGAAGCAGAGGGCAAAACAAAGGCACUGUCUCCGAGGCUGAUCCCCAGCUAGCUCCUGACUCCCCCUCCCCUCCCUCUCUCCCCCCCUCCCCUCCCCAAGCAGAAGGGUCACUCGCUCGCUGUACACCACAGAAGACUCACAGUCACAUUCCUGUCCAUGUCGUCUCGUGUUUAGUGUACAGAACGUUGUCUUGUUAAACUAUGUGUGUCUUUUUACUACUGCAAAUCCCUUCGUUGUCGUUUUGUGUUUUCCUGUUUUAAUUUCCGUGCACCGUUUUAUGUGGGAUUCUGAAUGUAUUUUGCCAGCUGUGGCUGGUUGGUAAGGCUUUUAUUUAUAUGUUAUUUUUUAGGUUAAUAAAUAAAUAAAUAAAUAAAUACAAUUGAAAACAAUGCACACUUUGCAUAACAUGCCUACGCAGCUUCCAGUUAAAAGUGAGCCUCAUUGCACUUACUCCUUUAUUUUUCCUUUCUGAGGCAUCUUAAGGUUUUAGGUUUGCACUCUUUCUCGUUGUAUUGCUCGAGAUGUUAUUGAUGCCAGCAGAGUAAAGCUCACUUGGCUACAAAACCCAGAGCACGACUACUAUUCAGCACAGUGACAUUUUACUGUAAGCAGCAAAGCAGGGGAAAUAGACAACCUCAACUGUGCAGAAUCGCUGUAAUCCUGUAAUCGCCGUUGCACUAUGAAACCAGCGUUUUAAUCCUGAAUAUAUAUUGGCUGUGUGGUUAAUGUUAAACAUGGUUUAGAAUGAAAAGAAAAUGCAUACAACAAAAUACAUGAAGUAGAAUAAGAAUGAGAAUCAAUUGCUGUAUAUACUGGUUUAAUGAAAUAUUUCUAAAGCAUGAGAACUCAUUCCAGUCCAUUCUGGAAGAGAAUGAGCAGCAGCUUCCGAAUUGAAGGGGGCAGUGCGAGUAGAGUUCUAAAGGCCUGUCACAGGUUCCCCGUGGGACAGUGUUGACAGUCUGUGUAAAAGGAGCUUUAGUCUCUCAUGUUGUCAAUCCAUCAAUAAGUUGGAAGCUUCUGUAAUGACCUCCAGCUUGCUAUAUCCGUCUCUGCAAACACCCUUGCAUGUCGUUCUGAAUGUUUCAUUCAAUUUGAAAUCUAAGGAGCGCUAUCAGAACAGCACUUAACAGAGUCCUCCCGACGAAUGGUGAAUUACUGUACUAGCUAUCGGGGCAUGUAUCUCUUCAAAAUAUCACUGUAAAAAAGGAAAUCCUGUUCAAUUCUACUGCUAAAUUUUCUGUAUAUUCAGUGCUUAGUGGAUGUAGGAGUUUGCAGCAUUAUUUUCCACUUGUCUAUAGUAAGCUGCUGUAGAAAAUGUUAUAUAUUAAUUAAUACAUAAAUAUAUAUAUAUAUAUAUAUAUAUAUAUAUAUAUAUAUAUUAAUACAUACAUACAUACAUACAUACAUACAUACAUACAUACAUAAAAAUGUGUUUAAAAAAAACUUUAAAAUUAAGCACCAGCUGUGUUUCCUACUGUAAUGUUCCAUUUCAAAGGGUGGAACAGAUUUUCCUGCUGCUUGCAAGUCAGAACGAUGUGUGUGCUGUGAUGAUGUUCCUAAGAUGUAUUUAUGUGUGGGUACAUGUAGCCAUAGGGGUACUUUCUUUGUUUAGUUUUUAGUUUUUAAAGAAAUGAACUACUGAUUUACACAUUUAAAGUUAAAGACUUGCACAAUGUUAUCACUUCCAAUUCUAAAGAAUCCCCAAGAAUCGAUACUAAAUGUUGUGAAUGUAAAUAAUAUUAAAGAAAGAUAGUUGAGUUCUACUGGGGCAGACGGAGAGGGGUGGGGUGAUAGGGUUGCAUCACCUACUGCUGUCAUUGAUGCUGAUACAAUAUGUGACGUGGUCUGUUUCAGUGGAAAUGUUUUCAUUCCAAAGUUUGCUGCUGUAGAAAGAAAAAAAAAAACGAGGAUGACUGUUGUAAAUAUUUCAGUAUUAAGAAUAUUUAUAGAAAAUAUACAGCUUUGGGAAUGUGAGAAUACAAAAAUCAUGUGUCCAACUUUGAAUUUGUGAAUUGAAAGCUUUGUGUUAAUAUCGUGCUAUUAAAGAGAACGCUAUGCA